AAUAUCUUCUUCAGAAGACAAGAAAGAACAAUGAUAUGCUGAAAUACAUACUAUGUUUUCUGAAUUGUCUUAUGAUUUUUGAAUGGACACUGUUUACAAACAGCUGUUUCAGGCAAGCCUAGAUAUGGAAGCAACUGAUGAAGAAACAGCUGACAAUCCAGAACCAAGAAAAUGUAAGAGAAAUUCUUCAGUCCCAUCUUCACCUGUCAGAGAGAGAGAUUCAUGCAAAGGGAAUAAAAGACAGAGAUAUGAGGUCCCAAACAGUGAUUCCCCUUCCUCAUCUGAUCAUGAGAAUUUUGAGAUACAGAGGAAGAAGAAAAAUUUAAGAAGCUUUCAGAAAGGUGACUUAAAGGGAGUUAAGAAGAAUACCACAAAAAUUGGAGCCAGUCUGGCUGGUGUUGAGCAAAUGCAAAUAGAUGCAGUACAAUUUGAUGGCGUGGGUGGUCUUUCUGACCACAUUUCAUCUUUAAAGGAGAUGGUCAUUUUUCCCUUGCUUUAUCCAGAAAUCUUUGAGAGACUGAAAAUUGAACCUCCAAGAGGCUGUCUAUUCUAUGGUCCACCUGGGACUGGAAAGACACUGCUUGCUCGUGCACUUGCUAAUGAAUGCAGUCAAGGUGACACGAGAGUAACUUUUUUUAUGAGGAAAGGUGCUGAAUGCUUGAAUAAAUGGAUAGGAGAAUCUGAACGACAGCUUCGUUUAUUAUUUGAGCAGGCCUACCAGAUGCGACCUUCAAUUAUUUUCUUUGAUGAGAUUGAUGCUCUUGCUCCUGUACGGUCUGGUAAACAAGACCAAAUUCAUAGCUCUGUUGUGGGGACACUUCUGACACUUAUGGAUGGCUUAGACAGUAGAGGAGAGAUUGUGGUGAUUGGAGCUACCAACAGACUGGAUUCUAUAGAUCCUGCCUUACGAAGACCUGGACGCUUUGAACGAGAAUUCCGCUUCAACUUGCCAAACAAAGAGGCAAGAAAAGAGAUUUUCAAAAUUCACACACGAGACUGGAACCCGAAGCCAUCGGACAAUUUACUUGAAGAACUGGCUGAAGAAUGUGUUGGAUAUUGUGGUGCUGAUAUUAAAGCCUUAUGUGCUGAAACUGGCCUCUGUGCUUUGCGGCAUUGCUAUCCUCAGCUGUAUGAAAGUAGAGAGAGACUGCAGAUAAACAUGGAUUUGAUUAAAAUAAAAGCAAAUUAUUUUUCCAUGGCCAUGCAGAAGACUGUUCCAGCUUCACAGAGGGCUGUGCCUUCCCCUGGGCGGGCGCUAUCAGCUAUUUCAAAGCCACUGUUAAAAAACACACUGGAAAGAAUUUUACAAGCUUUGCAGAGAGUAUUCCCCCAUGCAGAGCUUGCACCAAAGAAGGACCAACAACAAGGAAAUUAUGUGAUUGACAGUGAUGAGGAAUCACCAUCAAUCUCUGAAGAGAAGCCAACUCAUAAAACACCUGAUCACAAAAAGGCAGAAUUCCGCACUUUUAGCAGAAAUCCUCGUGACCAGCCAACAUCUUACAGGCCACGGUUCUUACUGGUUGAAGAGCCAGAAUCUGGGCAAGCUUUUGAUUUGGCAGCUGCAGUAAUACAUACCCUUGAAAACUUUCCAAUUUAUACACUAGACACACCAACUUUGUUUGUUAGCACAUCACCAGAUGAAACAUGUAUACAGUUAAUGCGAGAAGCUCAAAGAACAGCACCAAGUAUCAUAUAUAUCCCACAAAUCCCUUCCUGGUGGGAGACUGUUGGACCUACACUGAAAUCUGUUUUUACAACACUACUGCAGAACAUCCCAAGGUUUACUCCAGUUUUGCUCCUUGCGACAUCUGAUGUGCAAUACAGAGAUCUCCCAGAAGAGAUAAAAGCAUUGUUUAAUAAUGAAUAUGAAGAAGUUUUCAAAGUCCCGCGGCCUACCUGUGCUGAAAGAAGACAUUUUUUUGAGGACUUAGUUAUGAAACAAGCUGCUCAACCUCCUGCAUCAAAAAACAACACAGCUUGGCAGCCAUUGGAAGUCUUGCCCGUAGCACCACCACCUAAGCCUCGACAGCUGACAGAGGAAGAAAUAAGACAGGUGGAGGAGCAGGAAGAGGAUACAUUGCGUGAACUUAGAAUUUACUUAAGGGAUGUGGCUCAUAGACUUGUCAUUGACAGACGUUUCAGACCAUUUAUGAAGCCUGUUGACCCAGAGGAGGCACCCAAUUACAAGGCUGUUAUUAAACAGCCCAUGGACCUCUCGACAGUUCUCUCCAAGAUUGACAUGCACCAGUAUCUAACUGCAGGAGAUUUUCUGAAGGACAUUGAUCUAAUCUGUAGCAAUGCUUUAGAGUACAAACCAUAUGAAAGUCCUGGAGAUUGCCUCCUGAGUCACAAAGCUUAUGCUUUGAGUGAUACUGCAUAUUCCAUAGUGAGGCACGAACUGGAUAAAGAUUUUGAACAACGCUGCCAAGAAAUUAAAGAAUCUCGUAAGGAAAGAGGGUGUAAGAAAACAGUCCCAAAGUGUAAUGAAAAAAUAACGAUGCCAGCAGUGCCUGUGGAUGCCAGUACCCCCUGCUCUAAUGAUAAGUCAAAAAGAAAACACAAAACAAAGGAAGACUCUUCCAGUAUUGCAGCAAAGAUGAAGAAUGUUCAGUUUGCAUCUUCCCAGGGUACUUUUGUGGAAGAACAUGAAAAUGUACUUCAAGGACAACAGAAAAAUGGGACAGAAAAUGAAAGAGAGAAAGUGACCCUUGUGGCUGAAUCUCUCACUGAAAGGAAGAGUGUCGUACUUCCUGAACAAUCAGACCUAAGAAAGGCAAGCGGCAUGCCAGAUUGGCAAAAAACUGGAACUUCUGAAGAUGGACAUUCAAAUGAUUCACAAGUCCGUCAUACAAAUUAUGCGGGACGUUCUCAGGUGGAUGAGCAACCGCAAGUAUGUGACAGGAAAGCAAUGAAAAUUCACACACGGGGAGUGUCUGUGGAUUACUCUGAGCUCAAACAAGUAUUGGAUUCUAUUAUUGUGGCAACUGAAAAUGUCAGUAUGUCUUGCAUGGAAAGACUUUAUGCUGUUCUCAGCCAGUGCAUUUACCAACACAGGGAAGAUGAUGACAAAACUGAAUUAGUGAAGGCAAUGAAGAAAGAAAUUGCUGCCUUAAAUUAUCUCUGAUACUUGACUUCAGUAUACUUUCUUUGACAUACUCUGAAGUUGAUGUAUGGCUCCCAAAUAGAUAAAUUAUGUAUAACAUCUCAGUAAUUGCAGCAGCUAUAGAAAAAAGAAUAGAAGAAAGAAACUUCUUUCAGUACAUAA